GAGUAGGCGUUGGUUCUCUUUGGCAAUAAACUUGAGAAACUUCUCCUGCUCACUAUACUAGUGUACCGAUGGAAGCGCUUUUAGGGUUUAUGGAAGAACCAGGGGAUUAUGAUCAGGUAGAGACGACGUCGUCGUCGUCGUACAGCCACAAAUUGGUGCCGUGGUUGAGCUGGGACGAGUGGCUCUUCGUCUCUGAAUCUCUCUUUUCCAAUUCACCUGAUUCCGUCGCCUCCGCUUUGAGAAGAAUAUCGGCAUGGAGAAGCAGAGGAUGUGUUCCUGCUGUGAUCGAAGUUACAGCUUCAAUAAUCGAAAUUCAGCAAAAAGAUCCUUACUUUAGAAAGGACCAGUCAAAUGUUGCUGUGGGUAAUUGCGGAGCAGAUCAACCCACUGAUUCUUCACUUUCUGAGGAAAUGCUGGCCAUGCUAUAUUGCAUGGCAAUCAUGAGGCUUGUGAAUUGUGUUGUUGAGAAGACACGCAAGAAAAAUGAGGUUUCAAUUGCCGAGGCUGCUGAUGCAAUUGGCAUUCCACGAUCACUGAUUGAUAUACGUCAUGAGGGAUCUCACCGUGAACUUCCCGCUCUUCAGGUUGUUCGUAGUGCUUCAAUUAAGGCCCUUGAUUGGUUGAAGUUUUAUUAUUGGGAACCUCAGAAGAAUGCAAUUCCAUUUCAAGGCACUGGAAGUGCUAACAUCAGAAAUGAAAUAAAGUCAAAGUUCCUUGAAUUGGCUUCCUGCUUGAAAGCUAAAAUGACUCCCCACUUGCGUUCUUCUCAAGUCAAAGAAAAACGUGGUUAUAAAAAAGAAGUUACCAAGAUAUUGAAAAGUCUUGUUGGGUUGUAUUCGUCUUUCUCCUCAGAAGUUGUAUCUGUACUGUUGGAAUUGUUGUUGAACACUAAAAGCUCCUCAGAUUCAUUGGACCUUCCAGUAAACACCCAAAAGGACCUAAGCCUACCUACGUCGUUGAAUGAGUGGAAGCUUGUGAUAACAAAAUUUUCAAAUAAGAAACCAGAGUUACGUCUAGCUCUUCUGAAUGCUGUUCUUGAUAUGAUUGAGACUCAGGAAGGAAUGAUGGGAAGAGGUUUGAACACAUCAUCAGACUCUGGGGCAAAGAUAAGCCAAGUUGAACAUCUCUCUUCUCUGUUUACAUGGCUCAUUAGAAGUUUCAAAGGAUUAAAGCCUCCUGAAAAAGAUUCUGCCGACGAGGUUAAAGUUUCUUCAGCAGAAAAAACUAUCUCGAAAGCAGUUCUGAUGGAUGUCCUACGUAAAUGUCUUCUUGUAUCAGCUUCUGCUAAUAGCCAGCUCAUGAAUUCUGCCCUCCAUCUUGCAAAGCUUACAGGAGACGACUAUCUAGUGCAAAAACUCAACAAACUCUCUUUCUUAGUUUCAUCAAAUUUGGAUGCUACUGAAGAAAACACUUGUGUUGCAAGUUCAAAUAGUAUAUUUGUCCAGCAAGAAAAAUCUAUAAGUCAAGCAGCAAAGAAGCUUGAGUUGAUUAAACGUCACCAAAUGCAGCGCGAAGCAGUGACGGGAACAAGAGAUGCUGAUGUUGGAGGUUCUAAAAGAUGGGUUAUGGCAAAAUCAUGGACCCAGUGUCCUAUUGGAAUGUUGCCUUGUGCUGUUGGGUAUUCCGGCUGUCUGCCUGUUCUGGACUACAAUUGUGCAUCUGAAAAGGAUCCUGAAGAACUUGGAAGAAAUGAGAAGUGGGAACCGAACUCAUCUAGUGGCAAGAGACAAGCUAGUUCUGAUAUGCAGCUACUUGAUAACCCAUGUGUUAAGAAGAUGAGGGGGACUGUGGUAGAUGAUUGUGUAUCAGAUAAGGAGGAUGUUGCAUCCUCAGAAUAUGUCAAUGCCCAUCUCAUGAUCGGUGGUGUCUGGAAGAGAGUUGGGGAAGAAGAAAUACUUGCCAUCAAGUCUGCUGUGAGGAUAUUAGUUUAAUUCAAUACCAGUUUAUUCAUGAUAGAAUAGAUCUAAUUGCGGAAGCUUUUGUAAGUGAUCUAUUCCAGCUUGCCAUUUGAGGUGGGAAUCUGAGUUACAUUAGUCAGUUUUGGUUAAAUUUCAAAAUGAGAAUUGAGGGACUGGAUGAUACAAAAUUUGACAGAUAACAGGCUUAAUGUGCUAGAAUGUAGUAAUUACUAAUCUGAUGUGUUUGUACUUGUGUCAAUAUGUUGUGUUUUUGUCUCUGAUAAUCAACCAUCAUUUUGAAUCA